AAUUACAAAAAAAAACAAGAAUUCGAAUCACAUGUGAUUUUUUCUGAUGAUGAUGAUUAAUUUUAGUUAAGAAAUUUUUCAAAAUUAUCAUCAACAACAACGAUGAUACAGCUUAAUCAAGAUCAGGUAAAAAAAGAACCAAUCGAUCAAGAAGAAGAAGAACCGAUUGUCAACAACAACAACGAUAAUGAUAUUAUCAUUGCAUCGUAUAAUAUUGUUCGAUUAGAUCCAAAUAAUAAAAUUAAAACAUUUGCAUUGGCUGGACUUGACAAUGUGAUUGGUAAACAUGAUCGUCAUCGAUCAUCAUCUUCAUUUUGUGAUAUAAGUAUUCGAACCGAUUCCAAAGAACUUAAAAUUACACCCAAACAAAAUCAUUGUUCCAAGGCCGUUUUUACUACCAAAGAAUCUCAGCUUAAUCUUCGUCGCCAAUCGUAUGCAGUGAAAUUUUCCAGAGAAACAGGAAAAGCAUAUUUUAUUCCAAUCAAUUCGAUGCAUACAUUAAGUCAUUUGGAUGAAAAAAAUCGUGAUAGUAAUCCUGUUGAUUCACAAAAUUUGAUUUUUGAAGAUUGUUUCAAAAUACCACAUCCAACACGUAAUAAACAUGAUCAAUUAAGUGUCGAAAUGAAAAGCCAUCUUUAUAAGCCUUUAACACGAAUAAAUGAUCCAGAAAUGGUAAGAAAAUUUUUCGAACAAUUAUUUACAUCGAUGCCAGCAAGACGAUCAUCAUAUGAUCAAAAUGUUGGUAUACAACAACGAUCUUCGAUGCGUAUGUUAUCAAACUCAAUGAAUAAUAAUGGUAAUCGUACACAACAAAACACCGUUAUGGAAUUAAUCAAUUGUCCAUAUUGGUUUUUGAAUAAAAUCAAUAUUUGUGAUAUAAAUCGAAUCGAAUUGAUUGAAUUAAAAGUAGAAAUAUUGAUGCGUAAAGUACAGGUGAUACGUUUCGCUGAAAUGAUAUUGUUAUUUCAUUCGAAUAAUUAUUAUUCCGAUUUGGAUCAUCAUUCAAAAUUAUUGAAUACAUUACAAAGUAUUUGUUAUUUAAUCGAUGGCAAUUGGGUCAUAAAAAGUCAUUUACUAUAUAAAUAUGAUACAAUUCAUGAUAGUGAUUGUCGACAAUUAAUAAUGAAACGAAUGAUUGCUGCACGUGAAUUUUUAUUAUGGCAUUUUGCUCAUCAAAAACCGUUAAAAAUGAUUGAAAUAAUCGAUAAAUUCAAGAAAAUUGCCGAUUAUGAACAAAUAUUAGAUAGAUUGACCAUUCGUAAUGUUUCUACUAGCCAAAUAGAUUUCAUACUUGAACCUGAUUCAGAUUUUAUUACAACAUAUCCAAUCAUCACGAAAAAACAUCAUGAUCGUAGUCGUGAUCUAUUGGCCAACAAACUUAAUGAACAUCUGGCUAUUUUAAAUUCUUGAAUUUUUUGUUUUCUUUUUAAAAUUUUUAAUUAAUUAAAAUUAUAAAUCAUAUAAA